UUUGACUUUUGUCAUAAAUGUCAACAUUUCCGAUGUUGGUCCGGUAAACUGGUUGUAUUUUAAAUUCUUAAAUCAGAAAAGACACAUAAAGUUGUAUAUUGUAUCAUAGAUAGUAAUUUGCAAAUAAAAUAUCAGUUAUAAUGGAACCAAUGACUUUAGGAAGUCCCACGCAUUCUCCCUCGGGUAGUCCAAACGUGGGGUAUUUACCCCCUUUUUUGCUAGGCGAGAUUAAUCCUCCACCAAUUUCAAGUUUAUCACCAAGAACCAACAGUCUCUCCCCAACUAAAGGUCGCAGCCUCGCAUUUGGUUCACCCACAAGUCCUACUCAGACAUCUACUCCUGAUGUGAAGUUGUACAGGCAAAAUCAAUCAAUGCACCAGCAGGCUCUUUUUAACCAACAGAAUUUGUAUCCUAACUUGCCAAACUCUCCUAAUAUCUCAUAUUCCAGUAAAACCAACGGCCCUCCUAUAGAAGAUUUAUUUGAUACAAUUAAGAGUAAUGAACCAUCUAUAAAUAAAUCACUGUUUCAAGAGAACAAUUUCACUGGCUAUGGCAAUAAUAAUUCAAUGCUUCAUAAUUCAUACAUGAACAAUGUGUCACUUAACAAUCAUUCCUUGACCAAUCAGUGGCAAGACGGUUGCCAGGAGCAAGAUGAGUAUUGGGUCACAGUUUUUGGUUUCCCACCAAAUGCUGCAAAUACUGUUUUAGCUAGGUUCAGCAAUUGCGGUGCAAUGCUAGACAAACAGUAUCCAACACAAGGUAACUGGGCUCAUAUCAGAUACGCUACGAGAGCUGAGAAAGAAAGAGCGAUGGCUUUGAAUGGGAGACAGAUUUUACCGGGAGUUAUGGUGGGUGUGGUCGAGUGUAGGGAACCUCCUCGCAUAAGUAUGACCAGCCCUGGAGGUAAUAUGGAAAGACAAAAUGUUGCAAGAUCGCUGUGUCCUACACCGAUCCCUACCGCUCCGGUGCCCCAAAGGUCGAGCGGUUUAAUAUCGAAGGCCCUAGAUUACGUUCUCGGUUGGUGACACACACUCCAGUAUGCAUUUAUGGAAAUGAAAUAUGUAACAAUGUCCGAGUUAUGUAUAUAGAACAAUUGUAACGCUUUUUAAUGUUUUUAAAUGAUAAAUAAAACAAUCACGUAAAUCAA